UCUAGGCUUGGGACUCGCCAACAACAUUUCCUAACCAUCGUGAUGUGAAUGGAAGAGAGUUGUGCUGCAGAAGGACAUCCGGCGCUGAGAAAGUUGGAACCAGUCACCGGUCCAAAAGACUGUGACAAAAGCCGAGCCGUUUCUGUCAAUGUCUCUGACUCUCUUCGCUGAACGUCCCUUCUACCUACAUUCUCUAUUCUUUUUACAGCUAGCUUUCAGCUGCAGCUCAUUGCAGGCAAGAAUCUCUGUCGUGGUAGAAACUUAUCACCCUUGAAGAUCCUGUUGUGGAGGAUGCAAUGCAAAGUGACACGUUCAUCGAACCAGAUGAGCGGUUGGGGACGUUUACCUCCCUCCUCAAGGCCCCGCCCGCCUCUAGCACGCAUCUGUCUCUGCUGGAUGACAAUACGUUAUACGGCUCGAUCGCUUACUAUCUUUCAGGCCUGCAGGACGAGUAUGCAAGCACCUUCGCAUCGGUAGUGGCAACUUCCGGCUCCUUCUGGGCGGCGCAUGGCCGCGAAGCGUCGUUAUCGUCGGGUGUCGAUGAGGCAAGCGUCGCAGCCCUUCUCUCCCGUGCUACAAAUCUCUCGCGAGCAGUCGCUCAAGCAACUACACGCCGAGUAGAACUCCUUCUCAAGAGCCGACUCGGAUCCGUCGGCUGGGGGACAAAGCGCAAGCUGUACAAUUGGGUUACGAGCAUCAUCCUCGCGUGCCGCUAUGACAUCUCCGCUUCGCUACCGGACCCUGCUCCCACUGAAAUGCAAGCGCUCCAAGGCCAACCCAUCCCCAGGCUCGCCAUUCUGUCAGGUCUCCUGCUUGGCUUACAUGCAGUAAAAGAAGAGCAAAAGACCAGUGGCCAAGCUCAAUCUGCUCUCAGCUUGAGGAGCUGCUUGCGAAAAGUGGAGGAUGAGUGGAUUGUCAGCUUCUCCGAAUGUCUUGAGUUAGUGGGUCAGAUAUACCUGCCGCAGACCACAGCAACGAGCAGGCAGCAGUCGAACCCUAGGGAUGCUUGGGAGCAGGAGUUCAGGAAACACGAGCAGGCGCAAAUGGAUUCUGACCCCAGCCAUUUCACAAAUCGAAGGAAACGUUGGGGAGUAUCCUUGACACUAGCUGCUCAAGUUGUGCAGUACGUCCCGCAGCGAAAGCUGGAGACUUUGCCGGUACAGUCGCUUUUGUACGUUGCCUCAGACGCUAUGCUGGGCAUAUUCGAGCACCACGAUGUGCUGCAGAGAAUCGCAGAAGAUGUUACGCGGUCAGGCGAAGAUGAUAAGUUGAACAUUGCCAGCGACUCAGAGACAGCCCGAAGAGUCAAAGCGCUUGCAGGAGACAAGCUGUACCCCUGGUUAGGCCCAAUCUCGCAACUCGUCGCCGUAGGACUGUCGCAAGCAACUCUGCAGUUAUCGCUAGCAGACCUCUCCGCUCUGGCCUUGAUUCGCCCUGCAGAUUCAACGCCGGCGAACUUGGAACCCUUCUUCACCCGCGUAAGAGUCUUGAGCGAGCAUAUAGGUAUGCUAUGGCUUGGCAGUGAGCUAGCUGGUACCGACAAUGAUCAGAUUAACAUGGACUCUCGCGAGACGACAAAGCAACUGUGGAAUACCUUCAAGUCGUAUAUCUUUUGUCUGACCAUGCCAUUCGACUCCCUGAUGGAGGCAGUGAUUGACAUGUGUCCCUCGCCCACGGUACCCAUCGCAGCCCGCCCACCUCACAAAUCUGGGCUCACAGGUCGUUGGCCAGCGGUCGCUUCUUCGAACCUACCGCCACAGUUCUUGUCCAUCGUUCAAUCUAUUCUCCAGACCUACGGCCAUCUCUACUGGAUCGUGAGCGCAUUUGGUUCCAAUGGAUUCACCGCAUACACACACAUCUUCUAUUCGAGCCUGGACAUCAUCGGCCGUGAUGCCGAAGCAUGCGUGGCGCUCAUGGAAUUGAUCGAGCCAACCGAUUCGCUGGGCAAAAAGCUGGAGAUGAAUGAUGCUAAAAGAAGCGCAAUAACGUACUACCUUGAUGUCGCUGAGCAGCUCACAGCCUCGCUACCCGACGAAAUCAUUGAGGCGAGACUGCUACCAACUUGUAGACCAUACCUGGAUGAUCCACGGUUCCGCACGACAUUCGAAUCUGCGCACUCUGUCGUGCUCGCAAUCUUCAGCAGCCAAAAGCGCGUCUGUAUGAGCCUGGUACCAUAUUACGUCGAUAUUCUGUUGCGCAGCUAUCCGUCUCUGCUCACAAGUGUGCAGCUGGAUCACGCCUUCUCCACCAUUGUCAACACUGCUUCGGACACAGACGAUGCAGUUGCUUGGUGGGCGCUGAUGCAGCUUGAUGACGCGAUUGACCGACAACGGCUGCUAGUGAACGGUGAAGACAGUGGAGAGCCAGUAUCAACACCUUCGCAAGAUUUUGAUGCCACUGCGACAUCGCGAAAGCUGGAAGCUGCUGGGCCAGCUGAGAAUCCAUCGCCGGACGAAGCGCUGCAAGCGCUAGAGAUGACUUAUAUCUCGCAACUCAGCAGCAUCAACUUGACGCUUCUGCGCUCUGCGCUUUCACGCGUGCAAACGUUCAUCCGUGCAGCUGCACAGCUUGAUGCAACACCGGUACAGCCGCAACAGCAAGAAAGUGAAGGCAAAGAUGCAUCGACAGCUUCGGUAGCAAGAGUUUCAGGAGCAGUGGCGACGCUAGGUAGAAAGGGGAGAGGCAAACACAGAAAGAACGAAUCGCUAAGCAAGGGCCGGGCGAAAGUGCUUGCGCUGUGCGGGCACAUAUUCGAUGUUCUGGCACAGUUGGACGCCAGCACGCGUGAGGAAGGACUGCGAUGGUGGACAGAGCACCGAAUUGAAUUUGGCGUUUAAAAUAUCCAUUAUGCUGAUCGCCUUCAUGGUACGCCCAGAGGGCACGUAGAAGCGUGCGUGGGGGAGUGUAAAAUACAUGAUGCAGGAAGAAUGAGCUAUUCUA